CCCUCUCUCUACUGACUAUAGAAAUAUAAUAUACCUCCCUCCCAUAGACCAGAGAUGGCGCCGUCAACUAUUCUGACCGAGGAUGACAUGCACGACAAACAGAAGGUCAAGCCAUCUGCGGGUGAUAUACCAACGCAGGACAACUUCUUCGAGGAUGUGCAUUUCCUCGGCGACAAAGAUGGCAAGGUGGUGAUCCGGUCCCCACCCAAAUUCGCCAGCGUGGACGACGAGCGCGCCUAUAAGAAACGACACCUGGCUGCGGCGUUUCGAGUAUUUGCACGGCAAGGAUUCGACGAGGGCGUGGCUGGACACAUCUCACUUCGAGACCCAGAAAAUCCCGAACAUUUCUGGAUCAACCCCCUGUCCAAACACUUCUCUCAGAUCCGUGUGAGCGAUCUCGUCCUCGUAAACGAGAAAGGAGAGGUCCUCCCGGGAGGCGGCCAGUACCCCAUCAACGGUCCAGCCUUUGCCAUCCACAGCGAGAUCCACAAAGCGCGGCCCGACGUCAACGCAGCCUGCCACGCGCACUCGGUCUACGGCAAGGCCUUCUCCUGCUUCGGGCGGCCCAUCGAGCCGCUGUACCAGGACGCGCUGCGCUUCUACAACGACCUCAGCGUGUACAACGCCUACGGCGGCACCGUCAUCUCGACCGAGGAGGGCCGCCGCAUCGCCGAGGCGCUGGGGCCCAAGAACCGGAGCAUCAUCCUCCGCAACCACGGCAUCAUCACCUGCGGCGGCACCGUGGACGAGGCUGCCUUCCUGUUCAUCGCGCUGGACCGCUGCUGCCACUCGCAGCUGCUUGCGAAUGCCGCUGCUGGGCCCGGCUGGGAGAAGAUCUAUAUCGAUGAGGAGACGGCUGUGAUGACGCACAAGAAGAGCGGGAACCCGAGCAAGAUGUGGUUGGCCUUUCAACCGUACUAUGAUCAGGUGGCUGCUGAGACACCCGAGGUCUUUGACUGAUUGUAUGUAAUGAGGAAAGUGAUGGCUUUCUUUGAUGGAGGUCUUUUCAUCAAUUUACUUCCCAUUCAUAGAGGCCAUAAACACUUCAAUUUGAUGGAGCUCAUAGCACUGAUUGAUCAUCCAAAUCAAGGUUUGUAAUUAUACUCUCUUGUGCGAAGAUUUGAAGCGUAAAAACGGUGAGACCACAAGGAAAUUGACAACUCCAAGCCCAAGAUAGCUUGAAGCCCGCGUACUUGAGGGGGUGAGCAUAAAUUGGUCGUAGGAGCUAUUUUUUUUUUAAGGUUUAUAUGCAAAGUUAAUUAGUUAUACUGUGUUCAAAGUAAAGAUUAUUUGCUGG